ACUAGAGAGUGGGAGCAUCCCCAAGGCUGAAGCACAUCCAGGACAUCACAUGUCAACGUGUCCUCUCUGGCCUGGGGUCCCCGCGAGUCUGGGAAACGAGGAGCUGGCAAGGGAGGGCAAGCGGGGGCGGCAAAGAGGGCCCCUGGAGCAGGGGGCGCGGACCUCGCUGCGCUGCGCGCUCUACCGCUGGGCUCGCAACGCUGGGCUCAGCGCUUGCGCCUCCCUCAGCUCUCUCCUCCGCCCCCCUUCGCCCUCCCCCUUUCCCUCCCUUUCUCCUCCUCCUCCUGCCGCCGCGGCCGCUGCCAGACUUCGCCAGAUCAGACCCACGGGGCUGCCCUCCCCUGCGCACUCCCCUCGCUGCCCGGGCCCGGAGCGCAGCGCGGCCGCGCAGGUAUUUUUGCUGUGCUGUGCAAGGAACUCUGCUAGCUCAAGCCUGCUUUGUAGGUGCAGUAUAAAAUGCACGCUGAAUGUCUUUUGUAUGUAAACAGCGUAGCAGGAUGGAGUAACGUGAAAUGCAAUUCUACAGCAGUUUUUACGUCUUUGCUGCCUCGUUCGUUGGCUACCGAGAAGGUUCAGGAGGGGGAGGGGAGAUGAGAAAGCAGAUUGGAAAUUCACAAUGUUGAAAGCCCUUUUCCUAACUAUGCUGACUCUGGCGCUGGUCAAGUCACAGGACACCGAAGAAACCAUCACGUACACGCAAUGCACUGACGGAUAUGAGUGGGAUCCUGUGAGACAGCAAUGCAAAGAUAUUGAUGAAUGUGACAUUGUCCCAGACGCUUGUAAAGGUGGAAUGAAGUGCGUCAACCACUAUGGAGGAUACCUCUGCCUUCCGAAAACAGCCCAGAUUAUUGUCAAUAAUGAACAGCCUCAGCAGGAAACACAACCAGCAGAAGGAACCUCAGGGGCAACCACCGGGGUUGUAGCUGCCAGCAGCAUGGCAACCAGUGGAGUGUUGCCCGGGGGUGGUUUUGUGGCCAGUGCUGCUGCAGUCGCAGGCCCUGAAAUGCAGACUGGCCGAAAUAACUUUGUCAUCCGGCGGAACCCAGCUGACCCUCAGCGCAUUCCCUCCAACCCUUCCCACCGUAUCCAGUGUGCAGCAGGCUACGAGCAAAGUGAACACAACGUGUGCCAAGACAUAGACGAGUGCACUGCAGGGACGCACAACUGUAGAGCAGACCAAGUGUGCAUCAAUUUACGGGGAUCCUUUGCAUGUCAGUGCCCUCCUGGAUAUCAGAAGCGAGGGGAGCAGUGCGUAGACAUAGAUGAAUGUACCAUCCCUCCAUAUUGCCACCAAAGAUGCGUGAAUACACCAGGCUCAUUUUAUUGCCAGUGCAGUCCUGGGUUUCAAUUGGCAGCAAACAACUAUACCUGCGUAGAUAUAAAUGAAUGUGAUGCCAGCAAUCAAUGUGCUCAGCAGUGCUACAACAUUCUUGGUUCAUUCAUCUGUCAGUGCAAUCAAGGAUAUGAGCUAAGCAGUGACAGGCUCAACUGUGAAGACAUUGAUGAAUGCAGAACCUCAAGCUACCUGUGUCAAUAUCAAUGUGUCAAUGAACCUGGGAAAUUCUCAUGUAUGUGCCCCCAGGGAUACCAAGUGGUGAGAAGUAGAACAUGUCAAGAUAUAAAUGAGUGUGAGACCACAAAUGAAUGCCGGGAGGAUGAAAUGUGUUGGAAUUAUCAUGGCGGCUUCCGUUGUUAUCCACGAAAUCCUUGUCAAGAUCCCUACAUUCUAACACCAGAGAACCGAUGUGUUUGCCCAGUCUCAAAUGCCAUGUGCCGAGAACUGCCCCAGUCAAUAGUCUACAAAUACAUGAGCAUCCGAUCUGAUAGGUCUGUGCCAUCAGACAUCUUCCAGAUACAGGCCACAACUAUUUAUGCCAACACCAUCAAUACUUUUCGGAUUAAAUCUGGAAAUGAAAAUGGAGAGUUCUACCUACGACAAACAAGUCCUGUAAGUGCAAUGCUUGUGCUCGUGAAGUCAUUAUCAGGACCAAGAGAACAUAUCGUGGACCUGGAGAUGCUGACAGUCAGCAGUAUAGGGACCUUCCGCACAAGCUCUGUGUUAAGAUUGACAAUAAUAGUGGGGCCAUUUUCAUUUUAGUCUUUUCUAAGAGUCAACCACAGGCAUUUAAGUCAGCCAAAGAAUAUUGUUACCUUAAAGCACUAUUUUAUUUAUAGAUAUAUCUAGUGCAUCUACAUCUCUAUACUGUACACUCACCCAUAAUUCAAACAAUUACACCAUGGUAUAAAGUGGGCAUUUAAUAUGUAAAGAUUCAAAGUUUGUCUUUAUUACUGUAUGUAAAUUAGACAUUAAUCCACUAAACUGGUCUUCUUCAAGAGAGCUAAGUAUACACUAUCUGGUGAAACUUGGAUUCUUUCCUAUAAAAGUGGGACCAAGCAAUGAUGAUCUUCUGUGGUGCUUAAGGAAACUUACUAGAGCUCCACUAACAGUCUCAUAAGGAGGCAGCCAUCAUAACCAUUGAAUAGCAUGCAAGGGUAAGAAUGAGUUUUUAACUGCUUUGUAAGAAAAUGGAAAAGGUCAAUAAAGAUAUAUUUCUUUAGAAAAUGGG